UUCGACCAAAUCAGUCUGUAUUGAGUUUGUCCAGUUGAAAGUUGUGUUCUUUGGACAGUCAAUAAAAUGUGGAAGAAAUUAAUUUGUGGUCUGGUGCUUGUCGCUUUUGUUGGUCUGCAGUUUGCUCAAUCGCUAACCUGCUACAGCUGCAAUUCACCACAGUCCUGCCAGAAUCCCAGCACCCAGGUGUGCAACAAUGCAACAGCCAAUGCAACAAGUUCCUUGCUGAGCACCAUUCACAGUGAUGUCCUUAUAACUGGCAGCAACAGCUUCAAGUGCAUGAACCUCACCUACUUCAUUUACGCAAACUCAAUAAAGAUGGCAGAAAUUCUGGGCUGCUUCCAUCAGGGAAUUCCGGUCUGCAGUCUAACCCUGAAUGCAACCAAUAGCCAAAGUUGGGCCAGGAGUUGCAAGACCUGCGAUUAUGAUCGUUGCAAUCGCAAUCCAGCUGGCACUUUAAGCAGGAGCACCUACGUCAUGGUUGCCUCUGUAAUGGCUUUGAUUUUGGGCAAACUCUGGAAUUAAACACUUC